UUCAUAGAGUGACGUGAGAAGCAGCAGCCCGCAGCCUCAUCUUGCAACGGCGGCAAAAUGGGCCUUUUGUGGCUCUUCCAAGGCGGCCGAUGUUUCUGCAAGACGGAAACACUACUUUGGGAAACAUGUCGGAAACCUCGCGAAAAUUCUUAGAUUUCGUAUUAGUGCCAGCCGCUACAACUGAACGGUUAACUGUUCUAGCGAUGCCGGCGUUGGAGAGCCCACGUAGCUUGGGUUAACCCGUUUGGGGAAGCCGAUAAAUACAUAAAAGCAGACCAGAUUCCCGUUGUUUGGCGCACACUUAUAUGUUAAUUAAAAAAGAAACAAAGAAGACACCCAACCCAACUCUUACAGCUCGUUAUUAUGAAGUCUCAACUCGUCGUUUCUGCCUUGAUAGGCUUAUCCGCUGCGCGCUUCCAUGCCUACGUCGAUAUUGAAAGAGCGGCUGUUGGGUCAGAUGGACCAUGCAGCGCUACGUUCACCAUCAAUGACGACGUCCUUGGCUGGGCAGAUUGCCCUGCAACAAACGAAUGCCACGGAAAUGGCGAUGGCCAGAUUGCCAAUGCCCAUGCGCACUGCCGUACUGCCAAGGGUGACGCUGACAUCUUUGUCUAUCCUCACGACACGCUCAAGUUCUGCCGCACUGGAUUCUGCAGCUGCAUGUCAACACGCUAUCUUGGCUACGACGCAUCCUCCAAGGUCGGAACUGCACACUUUGAGGCUGAUGACAGCCAUGCCUGGCCAUGCUAAAAUGGAUUACUGCCAAAAAAAUCCAUGGUACAAUAUUAUAUAGCAAGAGUUGAACAACGUACAAAUAUGGGUCAAUAUAUUCUAGUGGCGGUGGAUUUACGCGUCAUUAAGCACA